GGAACUCAGUGAGCAAAUUUCGGUUUUGGUUAAACACGCGCUUGAAAUUCGGAGUGCACCAUUAUACAAGUUGCAGUUUCUCUUCAGUACAAGAUGACCAUGAACUGAUGUAUGAUGAACAAUAUAGUGAUUUUAGCAGUGAUCCUUAGCCUUUUGGCUCAAGUGUUUUGUUACUUUGAGAAUCAGCCCAAACUUCUCUCCAACGAUGGACAUCUCAUCAUUGAAUCGGCAGUGGAUAGGAAUAUUACCGUGAUAUUGAAGGGCAACAGUUUCUUCAAUGUUGGCGACGUAAGUCUAGGCAAGCUGAUCCAAGGGCUGGCAAACGUAUCAUCUUCAACGGUGGUACCGCCCGAUUCGAGCAUUCCGGAUGGGUCCAAUCAACUUCAGUUCCUGAUGAAUGUUGUGAGUGGCCCUUACGGUCUACAGAAACGGGUUGCUCUGCUGGAGAAUGGAACUAGAGAUAUGGGCGAGGGACGAGGCCGUGGAAGAAUCAACAACAUCAAUCGACGUUUGACGGCACUUGAGCGGAAGGUAGGAAAUUUAAUGACGAAGCUGAAGGAGAACAACUGUAAAACAAGUCCUUGCCAAAAUGGAGGAACAUGCAUCAAUUUGUACGAUUCUUUCAUUUGCCUUUGUCCGAGGAACUGGGAGGGACCAACUUGUGCCACCGAUGUCAACGAAUGCUCUGAGUUUGUGGGAACCGAUCUGGGUUGUCAAAAUGGUGCAACAUGUAAAAAUACGCCAGGUGGUUAUAGUUGCAUUUGCGCUAGUGGAUGGCAGGGAAUUCAUUGCAACAGUAAAACGAAGGACUGCAUGUCGUCAGGCAGCGAACUGUGUGGACAUGGAACGUGCGUUCAAACGAAGGAGGAACCAGGAUAUAAAUGCAUCUGUGAUCAGGGAUGGAAGAACAAUGGUGUAACGCCGGCAUGUUCAGUGGAUGUAGACGAAUGUGCAGAGUUUAAACCACACUGUUCAAAAGAUCCGGAAGUCAGCUGUUUAAAUCUACCGGGGUCAUUUGCAUGCGGAAGUUGCCCAGCAGGAUACACCGGGAAUGGGUUUUAUUGUGUGGAUAUCGAUGAGUGUCAAACGAAUAACGGUGGGUGCAGUACAUCUCCAUCUGUGCCAUGUAUCAACUCGAGGGGCUCCUACAAAUGUGGAAAUUGUCCUCUAGGAUACACAGGAGACGGAAAGACUUGUACGCUGAGAGGAAAUCGUUGCACGCCAAGCCUUUGCCAUCCUAUGGCACGUUGUAUGGAUUUUGCCAGUGGAGUGGUAUCAUGCAUAUGUCCACCGGGUUAUCAAGGCUCUGGAUAUGGACCCACGGGAUGCAUCAGAAUGCCAAUGAACCCAUGUACAUUCAAUCCAUGCAAGAACGGAGGCACCUGCACUGCAAAUGGAAAUAACUACACCUGUGCUUGCCCGCCAGGUACUGCACUACCGAACUGUGCCAGGCUAAUAUCUCCAUGCGCUAUCAAUCCCUGUCAACACGGAGGAACCUGUACGCCUUUCAUCGAUCGAUACGUGUGCAGCUGUCCGCCAGGUUACACGGGAAUGCGCUGCCAGAGUGUACAACGGUCUUGCGGAGGUGUUCUGGAUUCCUUAACUGGUGACUUAACAUACCCGGUUGGCAACGGUACUUACAAUCAUAAUGCAAGAUGUGCAUGGUUAAUAUUGACCAAUCACACCAAGGUGCUGAACGUUACGUUCACGAAGUUUAACUUGGAAAACCCUCUGCAGAAUAGGGAAUGCAAAUACGAUUGGCUUCAAAUUCACGAUGGAAAAACAUCAGCUGCGCAUAACAUCGGUAGAUUCUGUGGUAACACUUUACCGAAAGGAGGAAAUAUCAUGUCUACCCAUAACUUCUUGUAUCUCUGGUUCCGAUCGGAUAACAGUACAGCUCAUGAUGGGUUUUCUUUGCAUUGGGAUAGCAUUGAUCCUAUAUGCGGCGGGGAGCUGUCAGUAAAAAGUCACGGAGUAAUAGCGUCUCCUGGUUCACCCGGGAAAUAUCCACCUAAUCGGGAUUGCAAGUGGUAUUUGAGUGCACCGGCUGGCAAACGAUUACAGUUCCAUUUCUUCACGAUGCAGUUGGAAGCCCAUGACUCAUGCGAGUAUGACUUUGUCCAAAUCAGUGAUGGUUUACAGGAAGAAGCGCCUGUGCUGAAGAAGUAUUGCAAUACCUCACAUCCAGAACCGUUGGUCACACCAGGUAAUGAAGCAACGGUGUAUUUCCACUCUGAUGAGGAUGGCACUGAUUCCGGGUUCCAGAUAAGCUUUUCCGUCAUCGAAGGUAUUCCGGGAUGUGGCGGUGUUUUCACAAAGACAGAAGGCGAAAUCAGUUCGCCAAGGCGUUAUGAGGAUAACAAGUACCCAAAUAAUUUGAUCUGUGAAUAUCUGAUCAACCUUCCAGAGGGAAGCCGCAUCAAUGUUCAGUUCAACAGGUUCCAAUUAGAGAGCAGCGAAACAUGCAAAUUCGACUACGUGGAAAUGUUUGAUGGGAGAACUGUGGAUGAUCCAUCUCUUGGCAAGUAUUGCGGAGAGCGUUCACCAUUACCUUUCCGUACUAGUUCAAAUAAUUUGUUGAUAAAAUUCCAUACGGAUUGGUCACAUUCACAAGGUGGUUUCUCGCUCAACUAUAAGCUAUUGUGUGGGGGAGUCUAUACAGAUCCGAGCGUCGAGAUAACUAGCCCAGGGUAUCCGAAAACGUAUGGCCUGAAUCAAAGAUGUGACUACGUAAUCCAAGCCCCGCUUGGAAAGGCAAUCAUGUUGGAUUUCCAGGACUUUGAUGUUGAGGGAAAUUCUUAUCCAAACUGUGAUUUGGAUUUCGUUGAGAUAUACGACGGUAUUGAGGCUACUAACACUUCCUUCAUAGGACGUUACUGUAGUGCUAAAAUCCCCCCAACUGCCAUUUCGUCAUUGAAUGCGAUGUUGAUGCGGUUUGUAUCGGACGCUUCUAUUGGAGGCAAAGGAUUCCGGGCCAACUUCACGUUCAUCAACGUGACUUGUGGAGGGGUGAUUACUUCGGAGGACGUUACGAUAAGGCCGCCGACAUUGGCGGAUCAGGAGAGCUACAUACCGGAUGCUGAAUGUCGGUGGGUCAUUGUUGCUCCUAAGACGCAUGCCAUCCAGUUGACGUGGAAUAGUUUUGAGUUGGAGAAGAGUAGUAACUGUGUGUAUGACUAUGUGGAAAUUUACGACAACUCGUCAGUCUCGAAGCCGCUUGUGGGAAGGUAUUGUGGAAUGACAAAACCACCAGCUCUGACAAGCUCAGGAAACAUUGUUACGAUUAUUUUCAAGAGUGAUAGCUCCAGUUCAAAGGAUGGGUUCAGCUUGUCGUUUUUAUUCCGGGAUGUAUCAAAGUUAUGUGAUGGAAAUUUCUUCACGUCAACUGGCGUUAUCAAAUCGCCCAAUUAUCCCCAAGAUUACCCGGCCAACAAGAUAUGUGAAUGGGUGAUCACAGUACCAAUUGGUCAGCAAAUUGAGCUGAAUGUGAAAAAUUUUACCAUGGAGAAGCAUACUGCAUGUCGUUUUGACGGGUUAGAAAUUCGUAACGGAGGAACAUCCAGUGCACCAUUGAUAGGAAAGUUUUGCGGAACAGAUGACUUCAACGGAACAAUCUCUUUCAGCAACAGGAUGUACUUGAAGUUUUAUUCAGACGCGUCACGUAAUUAUGGAGGAUUUUACAUUGAGUGGGAUGGUACAUCUACAGGAUGUGGUGGUGUGCUCACUUCACCAAGAGGAUCGAUAAUAUCUCCUAACUAUCCCGAAUCCUAUGGUAACAACGCACAAUGUGGUUGGCGAAUAACAGUCAGUGCUGGAUCUGCGAUUCAUAUAGUAUUCAUAGACAUCGACAUGGAAAGUGUACCCAACUGUCGGUAUGAUCAUCUGGAAGUAUUCGAUGGUCGAGAUGUAGCUGGCAAAAGUUUGGGCAAAUUCUGUACAGUCGACACCGAUCCGAUUCAACUCAACACCGAGGACAAUCAUGCUUUCAUAAAAAUGAGAAGUGAUGACACUAAUCAAGGCAGAGGCUUCCACCUGAAAUACAACAUUCUCUGCAAACGAAACAUCACUGGAUUCGGCGGAGUUAUUGAGUCUCCCAAUUUCCCUGAAAAAUACCCGGGCGGGUCAGAGUGCCUUUGGACCAUAUCCGUUCCACUCGGAAAUAAGAUCGAUAUUGAAUUCUCUCAUUUUGAAUUGGAAAAUGGCAUGAUCUUCAACAGUGAUAAGACUCACGUUUGUCAUUUUGAUUAUUUAGAAAUCAGUGAACCAGAUGAUGAGCAGAAUGUUCCGAAAAAGUAUUGCAAUCAUAUGCCCGCCAAAAUGACAUCAAAAGGAUCGACUGUCCAAAUUGGUUUCAAGUCGGAUACUAGCGGCGAGAGCUUUGGGUUCCGGCUUGAAUGGCAACUGAAUGGUUGCGGAGGUGCUCUGACAAGGCCUUUUGGAUCGUUCAACACUCCAAAUUACCCGAAUGAGUAUCCCAUUAACACGCAUUGUCUCUGGACAAUUUCUGUGUCUCCAGGAAGUGUGAUAGAACUGACGGUUUCUAAUUUUAAUAUGGAAUCAUCGAGUAACUGCCGAUACGAUGGGCUAUCGAUUUCAAAUAGCGAAGAUUUCAGUCAAGUAAUUAGUACCUUCUGUCACACUCAGAAAGAACCGGUCAAACUAACAAGUGCAGGCCACAAAUUGUAUGUUAAGUUUUUCAGUGACCAAACUUACACAUAUAAAGGUUUUACUGCAUAUUACAAAACUGUUGCAGCUAAAUGCGGUGGACUCCUGACAGCUCAUCAAGGGUUCUUGUAUUCUCCCAACUAUCCGAAAAACUAUCCUGGCAAUCAGUCCUGCGAAUGGAUAAUUCAAACUGAACCAGCUUACACGCUGCAGUUCAACCUGGAGGACAUCGGUAUUGUGAAAAGCCCAAAUUGUACGCAGGAUUAUCUGCAGGUGUAUGAUGGUAUGGCUCGUGACGAAAAAAAGCUUCUCAUGAAGGUUUGCGAUAGUGAGACCAAUGUUACGUCCGUGGUAUCUCUAAGUAAUAAACUGCUGGUCACAUUCACAUCCGAUGCAGCAUUCGAAGCGAAAGGUUUUAGAGCCAAUUACUCGAUUAACUGUGGAGGCAGAUUGAACGUAACGCAAAACGGGAUAAUUUCCUUGGAAAACACGUUCCGAAUCAAAUCGGAAAAUUGCACAUGGAUUUUGGUGGCAGAUCAACCGAUGAGACACAUAACUCUACAAGUGAUGCACAUGAACAUAGUUGAAGUGGAAGGUGCUUGUUUGGCCAAUUUGACGGUGCACGAUGGUGAAGACAUUUAUGCACCGAUAAGGUAUACCGGGUGUGGAAGUAAAACUCCAUCGGCCAUUGUUAGCAACGGAUACGCUUUGACAGUGCACAUUACAUCGGAAGACUUCAAUCUGUACAAUUUGCUGGGGAUGCAGUUUGUCGCGAGUUAUUCUAUUUUGGAUAAUGCAUGCGGCGGUGAGCUGACGUCCUUUUCCGGUGAAUUCGCGUCGCCCCAGUAUCCUAACAUGUACCCAAUGAAUGUCGAAUGCAUCUGGACUGUGAAGGCAUCCCCGGGAAAUACGGUUCAGUUGUAUUUCCGAUCAUUGGAUUUGUUGCUGUCAGAGGACUGCAACGUAGAUUACCUAGAAAUUCGGGAAGCUUCCGGCAGCGGCAAGCUGAUCGGUGAUUUUUGUGGCCAAAAUCUUCCGAUGAACUUGACGUCGUCUAACAGCUUUUGGAUUAAGUUCCAAACUGGCAAUCAGGGCAUAGCAAAGGGUUUCCUAGCUGAGUACUCGUACGACAUGUUUAGCGAACUAAGCGGAAGCAGCGGAGUUGUUACAUCUCCCAUGUUCCCUCGAGAUUAUGCAAGGAAUGAGGUACAUACAUGGAGAAUUAUGGUUGAUAUGGGGUCUGUUAUCUCGAUGAAGUUCGGCAUUUUUGAAAUCGAUGCCAAAUUUUUGGACACUUGCGAAGGCCAGUUAGAGAUCUACGAUGGCUUCGACGACACUGCUGAGCCUUUGAAAGGAGAAUUAUGUGGGUUGACACCUCCGGAACCGUUCAAGUCCUCAUCAAACGUGGUAUUCAUUCGUCUUGAUCAUUCGGAUGCCAGUGGUCCUUCAAGGUUCUCAUUGAGUUGGGAGCAAAUCGGAAAACAAGAUGAACCUGUAACAGUGAAGGACGCCGAUGAUUACUUCUGCGGAGGCCCCCAUGUAGUUGUGCUGUCCAAAAACGCUUCAUCGUUCAACCUAACGUCUCCAGGUUAUCCCGUCGGAUACCGAACGAAUUUGAACUGUAGUUGGGUUUUCCAGCCAGAAUUGUCUACAGACCACGCCUUUCUUCAGUUGACCUACGUGGAUUUGGAAGAAACGGAUGCCUGCCUUUCAGAUUAUUUGGAAAUUUCCACAUCCUCAGAUAUGUUUUCGUGGUCUAAGCCGGAAAGAAUUUGUACUUUCGGAUAUCGCGUGAAAUCCAUGUUUCACGGGAAGCCUUUCCUGAAAGUAGAAUUCCGAUCGGAUUACUAUAGUAAUCGGACAGGAUUUACUGGAAUCGCAUCGCUCCGAUGUGGUGGUGUCAUGACGGAGUCGAAUGGAGUGAUCGAAAUCCAACCAACGCAAAUAAAUGAAACAACCAGAAUUAUUGAUUCGCAAUGUAUGUGGAAUAUAACGGUGCGUCCAGGCCGAACAAUUGAAUUCCAGUUUGAAUCGAUAAAGCUUCAGAAAACUGAUGCUUGUGACUCUUCUGUGUCCAUUAAAAAUGGAAUAGAUGAAUAUUCUCCUCUAUUGGGUUCAUACUGCGGCAACGAAAUCCCCGGAAAAGUGAACACCUCUAGCAAUAGAGCGUUUGUUAAGUACAACUCUGGUCAUAUAACAACCAAUCAAUUCAGACUCACAUAUCGUGAAGUUGGUAUGGAAUGCGGAGGACGAAUUAAUUUACGAAAAAAUAACUCGCCGCUAACAAUUACCACACCCAACUUCCCGGAAAUGCCUCAUCCGCACAGUGAGUGCACUUGGACCAUCAUGGCUCCAGCUGGCGAGACUAUCAAAUACGAAUUCAAGCCGUUUAUGCUAAAAUACUCACACAACUGUGUGAAUGAAUACGUUGAGGUUAGAGAUGGUGGCACUACAAGUUCUAGUGUACUGUUGAAGGCUUGCACUCAGGACACAGUACCGUCAAGACUUACCACUUCCAAUAUGUUGCGAGUGCGGUACUUCACUGACAGUUCUGACCCUGGAAAUGGCUUCAAGUUGAACGUAUCAAUAGCGAAGUGUGGUGGAUCCAUACAUACUCGGAAAGGAACUGUCCAAUCUAAAAACUACCCUGUCCUUGGUGGAUACCCUGCCAAAUCAGUAUGCGAAUAUCUCAUUUAUGGAAGCAUGAACACUGUCUUGAAUUUAACCUUCGAGGACAUAAACUUGCCGACUGCAGUGAACUGUUCUAGUGAUAACUUGAAAAUCUACAAUGUCAUACCUGGAGAGAAUGUAACUGAGUUACUGAUCGGAACAUAUUGUGGAUCGCAGAUUCCAACAUCAGUCCUAACGUAUGGAAAUCAAGCUAAACUAGUAUUCACCACAUUUGCAAUGCAGAGCAGUUAUCGUGGCUUCAAAAUCGCAUUCAAUUCCGUGGAUGAUCAGUGUGGAGGUGAAAUCAAUGCGGCCUCUGGGGAUGUGACCAGCCCUGGGUAUCCAGAUGGAGGAGGACUGAGAUUCAGACGAUUCUGUGAGUGGAGAAUCACCGUUCCAGAAGGUCGUCGAGUUAAAGUAGAGUUUGUAGACUUGGAUCUGUCGACGGUCAGUGCCAGUUACAUGCAGCGCAUAGGGUUCUACCACGGAUUUGACUAUUCGGCACGGAUACGGUUCGUCACGGGCGGUUCGUAUAACAAUAAACCGAUACACUCCAGUAACAAUAAGAUGAUGAUAAACUUCUGGUCGAGGAUUUCCUCCGAUAACAGAGGGUUCAAGUUACACUUCAGCAGUGACGAGCCGUCUAUGUGCGUUGGAAAUUUAGAUGGAAACGAAGGAAUUAUCGCCACUCCAAUCAACCAGACAAGCUUUAUGUGCGAGUAUAGACGUUCAACGGGAGUAUUCUCAGUGGGAGAAAAUGGCAGGAAAACCGGUACAAUGGCCCUGUACUUCAACGAAAUGAAGGCCGGACUGUACAACAAUGCAUGCGCAUUGAGCACCAGGGGUAUAUUUAUCUUAAGGAACACAGUAGGAGGCGGCCAACCAGGAGUUUUGAAAAAGUAUUGCGGAAAUGGAACUAGCAGCGAUUUGAUUAGAUCCCCAUUCCCGGAUAUGUACAUCUUAGCACGUCAAGGUUUAUUCUUGGGCGAAGUGCAGUUCAAGUUGCGCUAUCAAAUCAACGAAUGUGGCGGAAUGUUUGGAAGUGAAUUGAAGAAUAUCUCAAGUACUACCUUGGCAAGGAGUAAUGGCCCGCUGGACUGUGCGUGGUAUAUCGAUUACCCGGAUAACACGUUGAUCAGUAUCGACUUUACUAGUUUCAGCUUGAAUGAUUCCUGCGAGAAUGAGUACCUUUCCAUUUACAACGGUCCCAACUCCAAUAGUCCACUGUUGGGAAAAUUCUGCAAAGGAAUUGGUGUUGAAUCGAUCAUCACACAGGGCCAUUACGCAUUCAUAGAAUACCACUCGGAGAAAGCCAAUGCUAGGGGUGAUUUUGAACUGAAGCUUGCUGAAAUGACUUCCGGGUGCGGUGGAACUCUACAUAAGAACUCAGACACGUUUGGUUCACCGAACGUAGGAGGUAAAUAUGCACCAAACAUGGAAUGCAUAUGGACGAUUAGAGCGGACGUUGGGUAUCACGUAGGAAUAAGUUUCAUUAACCGAUUCAAUCUGGAAAAGAGUGAAAACUGCUCUAAGGAUUACAUCGAGUUCUUUGAUCGCAUAAACGACAGUUGGACUAGCUUGGGACGCGUUUGUGGAAAGAAUACGCCAAAAGGUUUCAAUUCUACAGGAUCACUGAUGAGAGUGAAAUUCAGGUCAGAUUCCAGUGUGGAAGCCGACGGGUUCACCCUUAAGUGGGAGCAAAAUUGUGGUGGAAUUUAUAACGUGGAUGAAAAUACGGGCGUCAUGAUGAGUCCAAACUAUCCGAUGAAUUAUGAUCGAAUGGUAACUUGUAACUAUACGUUUGUAGCUAACGAUCCGAACUCAUACGUCAACUUGAACUUCCUGGACUUCGCUCUCGAGGACGGACCACAAACAUCGAUUUGCAUUUAUGAUAACAUAACCUUGUAUAAGCCAAUGGAAUACCAGGUUCCAAUUCAAUGGGAAAAAGUCGGAACUUACUGUAAGAAAAACUCUCCUGGUCGGAUGAGGUUCAAGAACAGAGUUGCUGUCAUAUUCCGAUCGGAUAGGUGGCUGGAAUCGAGAGGAUUCAAAUUUGAGUACAAACUUGACAGUUGCGGAGGCUUAAUCACACAAUCCACUCGAAUAGAAAGUCCUGAUACUAGUGCAAAGGUUAAUGGCUAUGGAAACAGCUUAUAUUGUACAUGGAAUAUAACAAUUCCCGAUGGUAAGAAGGUCAUUGUACGAUUUGAAGACGUUGAGCUUGAACACUCCGAUGGAUGCUAUUUCGAAAGCAUUGAAGUUUAUAAAGGUCUUGAAAAGAAAUCCGAUCAAAAACUAGCGACACUUUGUGGGAAUCUGACGGCGCAUGCCCCGGCAAUAAGCAUCAAGGGAAAUCACGGUGUUGUCUACUACAAGUCUGAGCAAUUUGCUUCAAGCAAUCAUCAUUUUUCAGCUUUGGUUUUGUUUGUAAAUGACUGUGACCUACAGGUAAAUCUUGAAAGAAAUUCGCAACCUUAUAACCUCAACAUUCUGAACAACGAUCCAACAAUGCGGGACUGUCAGUACACGAUCAAAGCUCCGACAGGAUAUGGUUUGCAGCUAUCCUUCAAGAAAUUCCUUCUGGGCUCCUCCCGGAAUACUACGGAUUGUUCGGGUAACUUUUUGGAGGCCCGUGAUGGAUCGGGUCCAUUUGCCGAUCUAAUUGGAAGGUACUGUGGCUAUGUGCUACCAGCGCCUGCAACGACAUACAGUGAGUCAUUAUUCAUGCGAUUGGCGACCGAUUCAACAGGACAAGGUUCUGGUUUCAAUGCAACCGUAUCUCUCGUGGAAUCUCCUUGCGGUAGAAGCUAUUACAAUCUAUCUGAUGGUCAAGUGGAAAUUUUGAAGAGUCCAAACUUUGGAAAAGGAAACUAUCCACCAAACACCAAGUGUCUGUGGCUUCUGGAGGUUCCAGUUGGAAAAACGAUCAAUAUCGAGUUCAAUGAUUUUAAACUGCAAAACUACAGUGAUGAUUUGGAAGUGUGUCGGGACAAACUGGAGCUUUUUGACGCAAGCGUGAAAGCGUUCAUUUAUGAGGGGUUAGGAGAAGAUGUGGUGUUCCGAGGAAAAUCGUCCCAUGCACAGAAGUCUUCAUUUUACCAUGGUACGAGAAGUCCAAACUCUCAUCACAUAUACUGCGGAUCUGGAAGCCUCCCGGCCACCUAUCAUUCUCACUCGAGCAAACUCUACGUUAAGUUUGAGAGCAACGAACGCAUAGAAGAUAAAGGAUUUCAGUUGUCCGUUCAGCAGAACAAUUACUGUGCUCAGAACUAUACUCGACUGCAAGGACGCAUCAAUAGCAAUUAUGUAGUGAGGAAAGAGCACUGCACUGUCACGAUCCAGGUUCCGGAGAACUAUACCAUAGCGUUGUAUUUUGCGAUAUUCUACACUCAUGCUCCGGACUGUGAAAAGGAGGGCAUUCGGAUCUACGAUGGCCUGGGAACGGACAAACAGCUGGAACUUCUGUGCAGUUAUGCGACGCCGAAUCCUGUGUUCUCGGAAAGUAAUGCGUUGAGGAUAGAAAUUCCGGCUUCACAGGGAGAGCACGUUUCCACUAUGAUUGAUGCUUCGUAUGUGGCCACGGACCAAGGACGGGGAUGUGGAGGAGAGAUGUUCAACUAUGGAGGAACAUUCAGUAGUCCGUUGUACCCGAACAAUAAUCGCACCCGGAAGGAAUGUGUUUGGACAGUGACGGUUCCCUUUAAUAUGCGUAUUGCAUUGAAGUUCGAUGCUUUCGAAAUGGGUAGUAUUACUACAUGUGGCACAGAUUACGUUCAAUUCAUAGAAGUCAAAGGUGAAGAGAAAAGGGUUGUUCGGAAGCAUUGUGGAGGAGAAAAACCAUCGACUUAUAUUAGUGAAAAUAAUGUGAUGCAAGUACUUUACAAGCAGACUCAGAACUUUGGAGGUACAGGAUGGCUAGCAAAAUAUAUGGCAGUUGAAAAGGGUGCUCUAGUGAAUGACUGGUAGAUACACGGUACCAAUAGUAUUAAAUUAUUUUAUUUAUUUCUACAUAUAAACAAAAAAAAAACAUUUGAUAAUCGUAACUAUAAAAUCGAAUAUUCGAAUUUAUACUACACAACCUAUCAUAGAGUUUAGAUAAUGUCUCAAUAAAGCAUGAUGUGUAAAAAUCGA